AUGACGGAGGAAGAGGCCACAAGGUGGCUCAACAGUAGGCCAACAUCGUCAGCCUCAUGCACCUCGAUGGAAGGCGCGCGGCCCGCAGUGGCUGUGGGCGGCCUGCUGCGCAAUUGUAUUGCUCGUAGUGAUGAUGCCGAAUCGCGUCCAUCAGCAACAGCAACAACACGAGGGAGCACAGGGAGGUCGCAGCCCAAGUUCGACAGCAAAAGGAUUGAUCCCUUCAUAGGUGGGAGUUCCACACGGAGUGGUGGUGACGAUGUGAAGAGACAACUUGAAGAAUCCAAGGGGAAUACCUCAAGAGUGAACACUGUUUCUACUGCCGCUCUCGCUGCUGAUGCUGUCAAAGUAAGACGGCUGUCGUCGUCCACCGACAGUGAAGCCGGCGGCGGCCUUCCCACGGUUGCACCGGCGAAGGGAAGACCAAUCGCCGCUGCCCGCCGCAAACCACGUCGGGAUAGCUUCGGCGCCUCUCUCCAGGCUGCGAUAAACGCGUCGCCGUUGUCCAUUCCGAGACCACCGUUGCGGACGCUCCCUCGCCAUGGCGAAGAUGGAACACAUGCUGCCGCUGCUGCGACUGGUGCCGAACACGAGCCGCGGCACCAUCCACCUGCCGUACGGCAGAAGUACAACACAUACGUCGACAUGCCUGCGAUAUCGCUGACCACGCCCGGAACCUGCGAAAAAGCCGCCGGUCGACAACACGGAGGAUGCGCAACGGGGGUCGAAACGUCCCAAUGCCGGAAACGUUCGAUGCGUCAAAACAUUGGCCGAAUGUCGUCGUGCUCCGACUGGGUGCACGACGACGAGUGGCUAGAGGUUUCAGAUGACGAAAGCUGCAGCACGGGACUCGAACCAUCGACGUCCUCUCCCCGGCAUUCGAAGAGUCUCUCUUUGAACACAGCGCUGGGAACCGCGGCAAGCUAUCGUUACACCCCGAAAGGGGAGAUAUUGUUGAGCGGUUUCCAGUCUCCCAUACCACAGUCCGGUCUGAUGGCUGCGGCCUGGCAGGCAGAAGGGACCCAAGGGGAUGCAGUAGUUUCCUCCGCAGCAGCAGCAACGAUCAGUGACGGAAGAGACGCUAAUCUAUUGGCUGACGUUUUAAACGAUGCGGGUGGAAGAGCGGCAACGGUAGGAGGUAGUACAGUCGCCGCCGCCGCCGCCGAAGUUGCUAUCGGUACGAUGGUAUUAACUCCGAUGAUUGAGCGCGUGGUGCUUCUGGGACGAGUGGGCGAAGGGGAGACCGGCGUGGUCUACCGCGCGUUCGACCUGUUGGACCUGAGCCUCGUAGCUGUGAAGAUGAUCCCUGUGAACGAUCAGAAGAAGAGGCGGCAGCUCGUGCACGAGGUCUCGUCUUUGUACGACCGCCUCGGGAUGCGGGGGCAGCGACGGCGAAGGCUCAUUGACGUGUUCGCCACGACGUCGAACUCGACCGUGUCGCUCGUCGUGGAGUACAUGGACGGCGGCAGCUUGCAGGAUCUGGUCGAUGCCGGGGGUUGUCACGACGAAAGAAAGCUCGGCCAAAUCGCGCUGCAGGCGUUGAGAGGGCUCGCCUUCCUGCACUCUUCCAACCUCAUCCACCGGGACAUAAAGCCGGCGAAUGUUCUUUUGAACCGCCGAGGAGAGCUGAAGAUCGCCGAUUUCGGGCUCGCACGUACCCUGGGCCUCCUCCACAGAGCGCGUACCUUUGUGGGCACGAUAACGUAUAUGUCGCCUGAGCGAAUCAACGGCGACGAGUACUCGUAUUCUGCUGACGUAUGGAGCCUAGGUUUGAUGAUGCUCACUACGGCGCUAGGGCGACUCCCGUUCGAGACCAACAAGGGAUACUGGGGCGUGUUGCACUGCAUCAGGGACGCUGACGCCCCGACCCUUCCGGCGGACGGGCCGUGGUCGUCGGAGUUUAGAGAGUUCCUGCGCCUGUGUCUGGAGAAGAACCCGGAGCGGAGACCGACCUGCUCUGCGCUGAUGGAGACUGCGUUUAUUCGGCGGGCAUCCGCGGCUUGGGAGCCCGGUACAACAAGGAGUUGUUGGGUGAAUGAGCUUUCCGAGAGGAAAACGCAAGAAACGAGGGUGGAGGAGCUGGAGAGCACUCUUGCGACAAUCGCGGAGCACGUGUCGUCCCUCAUCAAAGACGCCGAAAGCCGUGCGAGAAACGGCGGUUCGCCAUUUUCCAGCCCGAGGGGAGGUCUCGGCAAAAUUUCGAUGACGAGGGCGAAUACGACAACAACGUCGACAACAGCAACGGGCACAGCUGCUGCUGGGAGAUCAAGCAUUUCGGCAUCAUCGGUGCCGGCUUCUUCUGCGGAGGGCGGGGCACCUUCACUACCACCACCGCCAAUCACGAUAACAACGCACAAAUAUGACCAGCACUGCUGUGACGAACAACAACCUGCGUUUGAUGACGUAGAACGCGGUAGCGGCGGUCGAGACCGAAGAGAGAUACCUGGACUGCAGACAACAUCCAACCCCACCUUUUCGGCGGGCUGUGCGGUUCCUGCUGCUGGCGAAGGGAAGGCGUCCACGGUCGAGGUCCCGGCGCGCACGAGAGUGCUGCGGCGGGUGGGCUCGGUCCGGUCGCUGCUUCUAGGGGUUAAAGAAGACGGCAAACGGCUCGCGAACUUCUCGCAGCAGAUAGGGCUGCCACACAACACUGUCGUAGAGCAGGUUCAGGUGUGA